AUGCCUCCUCCACCUGGUAUGAGCGAUCCUCAAGGGUCAAGAAUGCCUCCCGAAAUGCUCGCGCAAAAAUCGCAGAAGUGGAUCCAGAUGCAGAGGAAGCGGUACGGCGAAAAGAGAAAGGGGGGUUAUGUAGAUAUGGGAAAACAGGAUCUCCCCCCUGAGCACGUCCGAAAAAUCAUUAAGGACCACGGUGACAUGAGCAAUCGCAAGUUCCGCAACGACAAGCGCGUACAUUUGGGUGCGCUGAAAUAUGUCCCCCAUGCGGUCAUGAAGUUACUGGAGAAUAUUCCCUACCCUUGGGAGCAAGUUCGUGAGGUGCCGGUGCUGUACCACAUCACGGGUGCCAUUACGUUUGUGAACGAAAUACCGCGCGUGAUAGAGCCUGUCUAUCAUGCUCAAUGGAGUAGCAUGUGGCUUGCGAUGCGGAGGGAAAAGCGAGAUCGACGACACUUCAAGCGCAUGCGCUUUCCUCCAUUCGACGACGAGGAACCGCCGCUCGACUAUGGAGACAAUGUUCUGGACGUCGAACCGCUGGAGGCUAUUCAGCUCGAACUAGACGAGGAGGAAGAUUCAGCGAUCUUCGAGUGGUUCUACGACCCGAAACCGCUCAUUGACACCCCACACGUCAACGGGUCGUCGUACAAGUAUUGGUCACUGACGCUACCCGUCAUGGCGAAUCUGUAUCGUUUAGGCAGGACGCUUUUGUCGGACCACACAGACGGCAACUCGAGCUAUCUGUUUGAUAAGAAGUCGUUCUUCACUGCUAAGGCGCUCAACAUGGCCAUUCCCGGUGGACCAAAAUUCGAACCAUUAUACAGGGACAUGGAUACAUUCGACGAGGAUUGGAAUGAGUUCAACGAUAUCAACAAGGUGAUCAUUCGUCAGCAGAUUCGGACGGAGUACAAGGUAGCAUUUCCUCAUCUCUACAACUCCUUGCCGAGGUCGGUGCACAUAUCCCCAUAUCACACGCCGAAGAGCGUCUACAUUCGCACGGACGAUCCCGAUCUUCCCGCUUUCUACUUUGACCCGCUCAUAAAUCCUAUCUCACUGCGCGGAUUCACACCAAAGAACGCACCUCUUGUAUCACAUGAAGACUCUGUCUUUGGUCCAAACGAUGCUGACGACGACGACUUCGAGUUGCCUGAGGAGGUUGAGCCAUUCCUUGAUGACAAGUCUCUCGAGAACGAUUUGACUGCCGACGCAAUUGCGCUCUGGUGGGCCCCAGAUCCUUAUAGCCGUAGGUCGGGUCGCAUGCGUCGCGCUCAAGACAUUCCGCUCGUAAAGAAUUGGUACCUCGAGCACUGUCCACCUGGGCAGCCUGUCAAGGUCCGCGUGUCAUACCAAAAGCUCCUCAAAUGUUAUGUGUUAAACGAGCUGAAGACGCGUCCGGAGAAGGCAAUGACGAAGAAGAAUUUGUUCCGGCAGUUGAAGGCGACGAAGUUCUUCCAGACGACACGGCUUGAUUGGGUCGAGGCCGGUUUGCAGGUCUGCAGGCAAGGAUACAACAUGUUGAACUUACUCAUUCACCGCAAGAAUUUGAACUACUUGCACCUGGAUUACAACAUGAACUUGAAGCCAGUGAAGACGCUGACGACGAAAGAACGCAAGAAGUCUCGUUUCGGAAAUGCAUUCCAUUUGUGUCGUGAGAUACUUCGUCUGACGAAGCUCGUGGUGGAUGCGCAUGUCCAGUAUCGAUUGGGUAACGUGGACGCGUUCCAGCUUGCAGAUGCGCUUCAGUACAUCUUUGCGCAUAUUGGUGCCCUGACUGGAAUGUAUCGAUACAAGUACAAGCUGAUGAGGCAGGUACGCAUGACGAAGGAUCUCAAGCAUCUCAUCUACUAUCGCUUCAACACCGGUCCUGUCGGCAAGGGUCCUGGUUGCGGUAUUUGGGCACCGGGAUGGCGUGUAUGGUUGUUCUUCAUGCGUGGGAUCGUACCUCUGCUGGAGAGAUGGCUUGGUAAUUUGCUCGCCCGUCAAUUCGAAGGUCGUAACAGUAAAGGUAUUGCAAAAACGGUGACGAAGCAGCGAGUCGAGUCGCACUAUGAUCUUGAACUGCGUGCUGCUGUCAUGCAUGAUAUUUUGGACAUGAUGCCCGAGUCGAUCAAGCAGAACAAGUCGAAGACCAUCCUUCAGCACUUGUCAGAAGCGUGGCGAUGCUGGAAGGCGAACAUCCCGUGGAAGGUCCCGGGUAUGCCUACGGCUAUCGAGAACAUCAUCUUGCGGUACAUCAAGAGCAAGGCCGAUUGGUGGACGUCGGUCGCUCAUUACAACCGUGAGCGUAUUCGCCGCGGUGCGACUGUCGACAAAGCUGUGGUGAAGAAGAAUCUGGGACGUCUCACUCGUCUGUACCUCAAGGCUGAACAGGAGAGACAGCAUGGUUAUCUGAAGGACGGACCAUACAUUAGCGCGGAAGAGGCUGUUGCGAUCUACACGGCAACGGUUCAUUGGCUCGAGAGCCGCAAGUUCUCACCCAUUCCAUUCCCUCCGUUGAACUACAAGCACGAUACAAAGUUGCUCGUGUUGGCUCUCGAGAAACUGAAGGAGGCGUACUCAGUCAAGGGUCGUUUGAACCAGUCGCAGAGAGAGGAGUUGGCGCUCAUCGAACAGGCUUACGACAACCCACACGAGUGUCUGUCUCGUAUCAAGCGUCUACUGCUUACACAGCGAGCAUUCAAGGAGUCUGGAAUUGAGUUCUUCGACACUUACGACAAGCUCAUUCCUUGCUAUGAUAUCGAGCCGGUAGAGAAGAUUACUGAUGCGUAUCUGGAUCAAUUCUUGUUCUUCGAGGCUGACAAACGCGGUCUUUUCCCCGCUUGGAUCAAGCCAGCUGAUACAGAGCCGCCCCCGCUCUUGGUGUACAAGUGGUGUCAGGGUAUCAACAACUUGACAGACAUUUGGGAGACGAGUGAAGGCGAGUGUAACGUGCUCAUGGAGACGGUGUUGUCGAAGGUAUAUGAGAAGAUCGAUCUGACGCUUCUCAAUCGUCUUCUUCGCCUGAUCUUGGAUCACAAUCUUGCGGAUUACAUCACAGCAAAGAACAAUACCGUCUUGACGUACAAGGAUAUGGCGCACACGAACGCGUAUGGUCUUAUUCGAGGUCUGCAAUUUUCCGCAUUUGUCUUCCAGUACUAUGGUCUCGUCCUCGAUCUCCUCAUUUUGGGAUUGCAACGUGCAAGCGAAAUGGCAGGUCCCCCUCAAAUGCCGAAUAAUUUCUUGCAGUACCGUGAUUCGGCCACUGAGACCCGUCAUCCCAUUCGGCUGUAUUCUCGCUACGUCGAUCGGCUUCAUAUCCUCUUCCGCUUCACUGCGGAGGAGUCCAGGGAUCUUAUCCAACGCUACUUGAGUGCCAACCCAGAUCCGACGAACAACAACGUAAUUGGGUACAACAACAAGCGUUGCUGGCCUCGAGAUUGCCGUAUGCGAUUGAUCAAGCACGACGUUAACUUGGGCCGCGCUGUAUUUUGGAAUGUCAAGCAGAGUCUGCCUCGGUCGUUGACAACAAUCGAGUGGGAGGACACUUUUGUCAGCGUGUACUCGAAGGAAAAUCCCCAGCUCCUCUUCUCCAUGUGCGGGUUUGAGGUUCGAAUUCUGCCGAAGAUCCGGACGAUGGGUGGCGAACAGUUCUCAUUGAAAGACGCUGUAUGGAAUUUGACGAACGAGCAGAGCAAGGAGCGUACAGCGCAGGCGUUCCUGCGGGUCUCAGAUGAUGGUGUACAGCAGUUCAACAACAGAAUCCGUCAGGUCUUGAUGAGUUCGGGGUCUACCACUUUCUCAAAGAUCGUCAAUAAGUGGAACACCGCGCUCAUUGGGCUCAUGACGUAUUAUCGCGAGGCUGUUAUUCAUACACCUGAGUUGUUGGACGCUCUCGUCAAAGCGGAGAACAAGAUCCAGACUCGUGUCAAGAUUGGGCUUAAUAGUAAAAUGCCUUCGCGUUUCCCGCCGGUGGUGUUCUAUACGCCCAAGGAAUUGGGAGGUCUUGGUAUGCUUUCCAUGGGUCACGUCUUGAUCCCGCAGAGUGAUCUCCGAUGGUCGAAACAGACUGACGUUGGAGUUACGCACUUCCGGGCGGGUAUGUCGCAUGAGGAAGAUCAGCUCAUCCCCAAUUUGUACCGUUAUCUGCAGCCUUGGGAAGCGGAGUUUUUGGAUUCGGCUCGCGUGUGGUCCGAGUAUUCUAUGAAGCGGAAGGAGGCAAACGCGCAGAACCGUCGUCUGACUCUGGAGGAUUUGGAAGAUAGCUGGGAUCGUGGUAUUCCUAGAAUCAACACGUUGUUCCAGAAGGACCGUCAUACACUGGCGUACGACCGUGGAUGGCGUGUACGAACCGACUGGAAGCAAUAUCAGUUGCUCAAGCACAAUCCCUUCUGGUGGACGUCACAACGACACGAUGGAAAGCUUUGGCAGCUCAACAACUACCGCGUGGAUGUCAUCGCUGCGCUGGGUGGUGUUGAAGGUAUCCUUGAGCAUACGCUUUUCAAGGGGACAUACUUCCCGACAUGGGAGGGUCUGUUCUGGGAGAAGGCUUCUGGUUUCGAGGAGUCUAUGCGAUAUAAGAAGCUCACGAAUGCCCAGCGAUCUGGUCUCAAUCAGAUUCCUAACCGUCGAUUCACGCUCUGGUGGAGUCCGACAAUCAAUCGAGCAAAUGUCUAUGUCGGUUUCCAAGUCCAGCUCGAUUUGACAGGUAUCUUCAUGCACGGUAAAAUCCCCACCUUGAAGAUCAGUCUUAUUCAGAUUUUCCGUGCUCACUUGUGGCAGAAGAUUCACGAGAGUGUCGUCAUGGAUUUGUGUCAAGUCUUCGAUCAGGAACUUGAACCGCUUCAGAUCGAGACGGUGCAAAAGGAAACAAUUCACCCUCGUAAGAGUUACAAGAUGAACUCCUCUUGUGCUGAUAUCCUGCUGUUCUCUGCAUACAAGUGGAACAUCUCGAGACCAUCACUUGUCACGGAUAGCAAAGAUGUUCUUGAUGGCACUACAAGCAACAAGUAUUGGAUCGACGUGCAGCUCAGGUGGGGUGACUUCGAUACUCAUGAUAUAGAACGAUACACUCGUGCCAAGUUCCUUGACUAUAUCUCAGACUCUAUGAGUAUUUACCCAUCACCGACUGGUGUCAUGAUUGGCAUGGAUCUCGCGUAUAAUCUCUGGUCCGCGUACGGUAACUGGUUCCCCGGUAUGAAGCCUCUCAUUCAGCAGGCAAUGGCGAAAAUCAUGAAGGCGAAUCCGGCUUGCCACGUUCUGCGCGAACGUAUUCGGAAGGGUCUGCAGCUUUAUUCAUCCGAGCCCACCGAGCCAUACUUGAACAGCCAGAACUACUCCGAGUUGUUCUCGAAUCAGAUCAUCUGGUUUGUUGAUGAUACUAAUGUCUACCGUGUCACGAUCCAUAAGACGUUUGAGGGUAACUUGACCACUAAGCCCAUCAACGGCGCCAUCUUCAUCUUUAAUCCUCGAUCUGGCCAGCUCUUUUUGAAAAUCAUUCACACUAGCGUGUGGGCCGGUCAAAAGCGUCUUGGACAGCUUGCAAAGUGGAAGACUGCAGAAGAAGUUGCCGCGCUUGUCCGUUCCUUACCUGUCGAAGAGCAGCCGAAACAGGUCAUCGUCACUCGUAAGGGCAUGUUGGAUCCUCUCGAGGUUCACUUGUUGGACUUCCCGAACAUCGUCAUUAAGGGUAGUGAACUUCAGCUGCCGUUCCAGGCUUGCAUGAAAAUGGAGAAGUUUGGUGAUCUCAUUCUGCGUGCGACUCAACCUCAAAUGGUGCUUUUCAACCUGUAUGAUGAUUGGCUCAAGUCCAUAUCUAGUUACACCGCCUUCUCUCGUCUCAUCCUCCUGCUUCGUGGCCUCCACGUGAACAACGAGAAGGCCAAGAUUGUUCUUCGCCCAGACAAAAACACUAUCACUGAACCCCACUUCGUCUGGCCGUCGCUGAGUGAUGAAGAGUGGAUCAAAGUGGAAGUUGCAUUGAAGGAUUUGAUUCUGGCUGAUUUCGGGAAGCGCAACAGCGUCAACAUUGCGUCUUUAACGUCUAGUGAGAUUAGGGAUAUCAUUUUGGGACAGGAAAUUGCUGCGCCAUCGGUACAACGUCAACAGAUGGCCGAGUUGGAGAAGAGCUCCGAAGCUCAGAGCCAGGUUACUGCCGUACAAACUCAAACGACGAAUAUCCAUGGUGACGCAAUCCAGACCGUGACUACCACGAAUUACGAACAGCAAGUGUUCAGUAGCAAGUCAGACUGGCGUGUCCGUGCCAUAUCAGCAACACAUCUCCCUCUUCGACUGCAACAUAUCUAUGUCUCGAAUGACGAUGUCAGGGACGAUGCGGGCUCGUACACUUACGUGUUGCCGAAGAAUAUUCUGCGUGCAUUCAUCACUGCCGCCGACUUGCGCACCCAGGUUGCUGCCUUCUUGUAUGGUGCGUCCCCACCUGACAACAAGCAAGUCAAGGAAAUCAAGGCCGUCGCUUGGGUUCCGCAGCGGGGCAACAACAACAGCGUCGAGUUGCCAGCGCAGCUUCCCAAGGACGAUUUCUUGCUGAAGGAUCUAGAACCUCUCGGCUGGAUCAAGACGCAAGCCUUGGAGCUUUCCCACUUGUCGCCGACGGACGUGUCGACUCACGGAAGGCUAAUGGCAGACCAUCCGGAAUGGGGUUCAUCGUCGAUUUGCUUGACAUGUGCUUUCACUCCUGGCUCCGUGUCUCUGUCUGCUCACUCACUUAGUGUUGCCGGUUUUGAAUGGGGUCGGAAGAAUGCCGACACCUCGCCUAAUCCACCAGGUUUCAACCCUAACAUGUCCGAGCGGGUGCAGCUGUUGCUGUCAGAUCGGAUCCUCGCGAUGACGCUAGUCCCCGAGGGGCGAGUGUGGAAUUACGGUAUUGGUUUGACGCAGCUGUGGGCUCCAUCCAUCAACUAUUCGAUGACAUUGGACACUCCGCUGCUUUUCUGGGCAGAGGAACAUCGACCCGCAGCAUUCCUUUCGUUUGCCAACCUUGAGGUCGGAGACGACAGCGCUGAUGUAGAAAAUAGCUUUGCGUAA